GAUUAACAUGGAGUUCGCGAUAUCCCGAGUGCUUCUUCUAGUUACGUGUUAUUCCAUCUGCUCGUUCCCAACGAUCUACUGCGACGAACAGACGUUCCUUGAUGGCGCCAACGGAAAUUCCUUGGACUUGGAAUCGAGUCAGGAGAACUCGUUUCCCCAUAGGCGUGUAAUUACGCCUAAGGACGAAACUAUCAGCUAUUCCUUUGACAAACUUCUGCGACUUCUUCGGGCGAAGUUCCACCAGAAACCCAUUGUACCGUGGAACGAGCAAAUAUCCGGACGUGGCGAGACGCUCGACGCCUCGAACGAAGAUUUAGGCGAUGUACGACCACUGGUCCACCGCCCUGAUUCAGACAUUACCGGUUCGAUGGAGAACGGUACCGAAGACAGCCCUUUGGGCUCUCACGUAUUAAAUCGGCGAUCGGUGACCGCGUUAGAAACGAAAGAAGACGAGGCUCGACACAAUGCACGUGCUUCUGAUUCCGUUGAACCGUCCAAUCCGAACGACAAACCUAGCCCCGAUCCACGAACCGAUUCUUCGUUCGUGACUUCUCCAGUGGAUCGUUACGAGGAUCAACACUCGGCGAUCAAUUCACGCGAGCAAGAGGCCAACACUGAGGUUAACUCAUUGAAACCUUGCCACGGUUUAUCAGGGGAAAGAAACGCGAAAGAUCGAUCUGACAGCUAUAGAUCACAAUCCGACGAACAGCUUCCGAUGCUGGACCUGAUACGAAACCGACGUUUCGAGAAUCUCGGAUUUGGCUUACCUGGGCAACCCGUCAGGAAGCUAGUUGACUUCGUGAUGAACAGACUGGCAUUGAAGCCUACGAGUUCUAAUGUGAAUCAGCAGACAGACUCUAGAUCUCCGAGAAAUUUACUCGAGCAUGCUAGGAGCUUGCUACGCGACGUCAAGGGAAACAUAGAGUCUGGAGUAUCUGGUAUGCACAAGGCAGUCGGGCUGGGCAAUUUGUCUGAAAAUUCUAACACGGGAAGAUCGUGAUCUCCUCUUAAGUUUAGAUAAAAUUAAUGGCACGUUACAAAUGUAUUACGUUAUUUUAAUUCAUAGGUAAUUCGGUAUAAAUGAAGAACGCUAUAUGUAUAUUUAGCUUGUAACAGUUUUGUUUCAUCUUACCUAAUGUUUUACUGAAAUAAAAUACGCGAACGGUGGAGUUGGAUGUUUCAUCGACGUUUGUGUUGUCUUAAUCUCGUUCGGAUAAGUAAACUGUCGGGGGGAUCGACGAACUGGACAUGUAUAAAAAGAGGCGAAGAACCGAGGAAAA